AGGAGCUGCAUCAUGGGCGUGGGAGAAGAGAAGAAGAAGAAAAGAGCGGUGUGAUUUUACAGAUUUAGGGAGGACUGAGCUCAGCUGUGGGGAGGAGGAGGUUGGAGGAAAGUCCUCGGUGGCUCCUGGAUUAGAGUUUUGGUUCUAGUGUCCUGUUCUGUGAUUUUUUAUUUUUUUAAAACCUUGACUUGAGUUUGGGAGGAUGGAGAAAGGGUCUCAGCAUCAUCAUCACCAGCAGCAGCAGCAGAUGUCCAGGGGCGCAGACAGCGCUCCAGCAUCAGCAGUGGUGGAGGAGAAGGAGGACGACAUCUCCAAAAUCCGAGACGAACAGCUGCUGAAGUGGAGCAAAGAGGAGUUGGUGAGGAGGCUGCGCAGGUCAGAGGCGGAGAAGAGGAGCGUGAUCGUGGAGCACGGCAACAAGAUGAAGGAGGUAAACCGGAGACUCCAGCAGCACCUGAAGGAGAUCCGGAGUUUGAAGGAAGUGAAUCAGAAGCUGCAGGAGGACAACCAGGAGCUCCGAGAUCUCUGCUGCUUCCUGGACGACGACCGGCAGAAGGUGAAGCGGGUCCUGCGCGAGUGGCAGCGUCUGGGCCGCUACAGCGCCGGCCUGAUGAGGAAGGAGGUGACCAUUUACCUGCAGAAGCUGAAGGAGCUGGAGCAGCGGCAGCUGGAGGUGGUGCGGGAGAAUCAGGAGCUGAAGGAUGUGUGUCUGAUGCUGGACGAGGAGAGGGCUGCUGCGGUGGCAGCGCUGGCUGAGGGUGGAGGUGGAGGCACGGGUGGUGGGGUCGGACCUGGCUGCAGGAGUUCCAUCGACAGCCAGAGCAGCUUGUCUCAGCUGGGUGGAGGUGUCUCCGUGGCUGGACUUUUGCGAGACGUCGGGGAUGGAAGCAGCACCUCUAGUGCAGGGAGCACCAGCAGCCCCGAUAACCCCCACCACAAACCCCCAACCCUGGGCUCAAGCGGAUCCGGGUCGUCCUAUACUUCGUCAGAUCACAUCAAAACCAAACCAGACGAUGUGAGUCAACCAGUAGGGGGCAGGAGGAACAGCUCUGCGUCUGAAUACCACACCUUCCCUCAGUCUUGCCGUCCACGUGGCGGUUCUCUUACCAACCUGGACCCUUGCAGACCCCGAGGUCACAGCCCGGAGAAAUACAGCAGGUCACCUACCAGGGUACCAUGUGACCUCAAGUCCUGCAGCAGUGACUUGUUGGCUCAGAAACAGUUGCUCGUUCCAGGCCAGGCAUCGCCAGGCUGCAAAAGCGGGGGCACUAAAUCCAGCCCUGAUCUGAGUCACAGACACAGGCAGGUGAAUGCAGCAGGGGGCGCAUGUCUGGGAUGUCUUGAGGUGAAGCAGCCGGGGGCGAGGACACCAGAGCUCAUGAGGAAAGGCCGGGUGAUCGUCGGGAGUCCAGAGUCCAUACGACACCACCAUCACUGCCAGCAUGGACCUGGGAUGGAACACAGCAAGGGAAGGUACAACAGUGUCUCCCCCAGCAGGGAUGGGGGACACCGCAGGCUCGUGGGGGAGGAGUCAAGCCCCCACCACCACAGUCUUUACAACGCUCUGAUUUCUGCCGGCUGCUGCACCAACGCCUGUAGGAAUGUCAAACUAUGGGAUAGCUUUGAUGCUUCCUGACCCUGACAGGUCGCUCAUCAGAAACUGCUGCAAAUGAUGCACAAAAGAGAGAGACUGAGACAGAAAAGGACAGAGUUCUGGUUCUGAUGGACGUAUAGAACAGAGGAACGUGUGUGUGUGUGUGUGUCCACAUGAUCCAAUAAUAACCAGAUUGAUGUGAAACAUCAUUCAGGAUUAGCCAACCACGGCCAAGGGAGGAUGUGGAAGAAGACGACAAACAGACAAUUAAGAGACGUUGGACGUUGGACAGACCACCACCGCUCUCUCUUUCUCUCCUCGCCCUGUUCUUUGUGCUGCUGCUGCUUCUAUGCAUUUCCUGUAAACAACCAACAACCAGACUGAGAACCCAACGUGAAGGAAAACGAUUUGUUACUGUGUCGCUGAAAAAGGAAUUUUUGUACGGCCAACAAAUUUGUCCUACCUCUUUGAAAGACAGAGACCUUGUGUAUAGAACAGACGGACGUCACUCUCCUCCAGUGGGUUGAUCAGGACUACAUCUAUGAACAAAACCUUCCUCCUACACCCUACUCCUCCAAAAAAGAAAUACUGAGUGAGAAGAGCAGAUGCUCUUCCUCUGAGGUCAUGAUGUCACAUGCAGUGACUCACACUGUCUUAUUUCAACAGAACAGGAGAUUUGAGUUUCACAUUUAUUCAGGAUCUUGGCUCUGAGUUGGUCUGUCAUCAGAUUACCAAAGAGUCCAGCUUCAAAACUACAGCCUCUGCAUCAUGAAGUAUUAUAACACAUAACAGGUA